CACGGAAGAUAUUUGGAGUCGACUUCGACUUCGAUCUCGAACAACGAAAACAAACAUGGCGGAUCCGACGAUGGACUCCACAGCUACAUCGACGAAGAUGGCACCAAACCAAGACUCCUCGUCAAGCACGACACCGUCGCAAAAGCAAAGAGCGCAAGAAGAGCUAGAAGCAUUCAAGCCAUCAAUGGCAUUCAUACUGUCUUUUGCAAGUAUGUCGAUAAUUGUGCUCAUGUCUGCAUUGGACGCGACUUCGCUGUCUGUAGCGCUACCUAUAAUGGCCCAAGUCCUACACGGCAGCGCAAUAGAAGCCUUCUGGGCUGGCACAUCGUUCCUCCUGACCUCGACCGUGUUCCAACCUGUGCUAGGCUCCUUCUCGCACAUCUUCGGCCGCAAACCGCUCAUCUACGUCAGUCUCGUCUUCUUCCUCGCCGGCGCCAUCGUCGCUGCCCUCGCACAAAACUUCACAGUGAUUCUCGUGGGCAGGACGGUGCAGGGAGUCGGCGGGGGUGGAAUCAUCGCGCUGACGGAGAUUGUGGUUACGGAUAUGGUGCCGUUGAGGGAGAGAGGGAAGUGGUUUUCGAUUUUCAGUGUCAUGUGGAGUUUGGGAACUGUCGUUGGACCGUUGCUUGGUGGUGGUUUCAGCGAAAACGUCUCAUGGAGGUGGAUAUUCUGGAUCAACCUCCCCUUCAUCGGCAUUGGCGCAGUAUUGAUCGCCAUCUUCCUAAAGCUCAACCAAAAAACAAGUUCGCUCGUCGAGAAGCUGCGUCGGGUAGAUUGGGUGGGCAUGGUGCUGUUUCUUGCUUCGACUACCGGUUUUCUGAUCCCCAUCACAUGGGGUGGUGUCCAGUACCCGUGGGAUAGUUGGAGGACGCUGGUCCCGCUGGUCGUCUGUGGCGUCGGCAUGCUGGUCUUUAUUUACCACCAGGAGUAUAUCGCUUCGGAGCCGUUGAUACGUACCAGUGUGUUCAAGACGCGCACGUCGGCGAUCACAUAUCUGGUGACUGUUAUCCACGGUAUCCUCUUGUGGUCUAUUCUGUACUAUCUUCCGCUUUACUUUGAGGCUGUGAAGGGGAUGACGCCUAUGAUGACUGGUGUGGCGAUCUUUCCUUGGACGUUCACUGUUGCUCCGGCUGCUGGUAUCACGGGAGCUGUGAUUGCAAAGGCUGGGUACUACAGGUGGGCUAUGUGGACGGGGUGGUUCUUGUCCACAUUCGGCACAGGACUCCUCAUCUACCUCGAGGCCGACACGACAACAGUCGCCUGGAUCUUCUUGAACCUCGUAGGGGGCGUUGGAGCAGGCAUGCUGUUCCCAGCAAUGGCGAUCUCGGCGCAGGCUUCUGCUGCUUCGCAAGACGCAGCAUACGCGACAAGUACCUUUUCUUUCCUGCGCGCCUUCGGCCAGACAUUGGGAGUUGCCGUUGGCGGUGUGGUUUUCCAGAAUCAGAUGAAGAGGAAGAUGUUGACGUAUCCACUGCUUGCUGAUAAAGCGGCCGAGUACUCGAAGGAUGCGGCAGGUCUAGUACAAAUCAUCAAGGCCAUGCCUGAAGGGGACAUGAAGCUGCAGUUGCGCGAGAGUUACACGGAUGCUUUACGAUACAUCUGGAUUGUCAUGACGGUUUUUGCCGGCGUUGCGCUCAUUGCAAGUGCCUUCAUCAAGCAUCACUCUCUCGACGUGGCACUGGAGACGGAGCAGGGGUUCAAGGAGAAGAAGCGGACAAAAGACGUGGAGAACGAGGCUCAGUAA